CACAGCAACUUGACGUCACCGUUUUUCUUUGAGUUUCUUCCUGAACUUUUUUAGCUCAUACAGUUGUAGACCGAACGGAGAAAUAAACCAUAAUGGGAGCUUGUUUGGCUGUUGGUUCUCUUGCCAGCUGCGCAUCCUGCUUGUGCGGCUCGGCCUCCUGCCUCUUGUCGUCAUGCUGCCCUUCCACAUACAACUCCACCAUCAGCCGGCUGGCCUUCUCCUUCCUGCUGCUGCUGGGAACUCUGGUGUCCGGCAUUAUGAUUCUUCCGGGCAUGGAGGAACAUCUGAACAAGAUUCCAGGUUUCUGUAGUGGAACUAUCAUCUCGGGUGUGAACUGUGACAUCUUCGUGGGCUACAAGUCUGUGUACCGCAUGUGCUUCGCCAUGGCCUGCUUCUUCUUCCUGUUCUCCAUCAUCAUGAUCCGAGUGCGCAGCAGCAAGGACCCCCGAGCGAGCAUCCAAAACGGGUUCUGGUUCUUCAAGUUUCUGGCCCUGGUUGGUCUGACUGUGGGAGCGUUCUACAUUCCUGAUGGCACCUUUAACACCGUGUGGUACUACUUUGGCGUGGUGGGCUCCUUCGUCUUCAUCAUCAUCCAGCUCAUCCUGCUGGUCGACUUUGCUCAUUCCUGGAACCAGUCGUGGCUAGAGAAGGCCGAGAACGGAAACACAAAGUGCUGGUUUGCAGCCCUGCUGUCGUUCACCUUCGCCUUUUACGCCCUGGCCUUUACCGCCGUCGUCCUCUUCUAUGUGUUUUACACCCAACCUGCCGACUGCACCGAGCACAAGGUCUUCAUCAGCCUCAACUUCCUCUUCUGCAUCGCUGUGUCCAUCGUGGCCAUUCUGCCCAAAGUUCAGGAGGCUCAGCCCACCUCAGGCCUCCUCCAGGCUUCCAUCAUCUCCCUUUACACCAUGUACCUCACCUGGUCAGCCAUGACCAACAACCCCAACAAGCAAUGUAACCCCAGCCUGUUGAGUUUGGUCCAGUCCAAGCCUACUGCGUCACCUGUGGACCCCUCUCCCACACCUGCUCCAGGCAACGUGCAGUGGUGGGACGCGCAGAGCAUUGUGGGACUCCUCAUCUUCUUGUUCUGCACACUCUAUGCCAGCAUCCGCUCCUCCAACAACUCCCAGGUGAACAAGCUGAUGCAGACGGAGGAGGGUCAGGGUCUGACUGCCGACCAGGACGUCUCAGCCGGGGAGGACAGAGUCCACCGGGCCGUGGACAACGAAGAGGAAGGAGUCACCUACAGCUACUCCUUCUUCCACUUCAGCCUCUUCCUGGCCUCUCUCUACAUCAUGAUGACCCUCACCAACUGGUAUCAACCCGGCACCGACAACAAGACCAUGCAGACGGCCAUGCCGGCCGUGUGGGUGAAGAUCAGCUCCAGCUGGAUUGGAUUGGCCCUCUACUUGUGGACCCUGGUGGCUCCUGUGGCGCUUCCUGGCCGAGACUUCAGCUAGAAGUCUUGGCGCGCUGCACGUACCGCUGUGUUUCCUCCUAGCUGUCCAUAUACUGACGUUACUGUGUGUGUGUAGUUAUGGGAUGUUGAAUGGAGAAGUUUGAGCUUUAAUCACAUUCCAGUUUUCUGCUCAGGUCUUUCCCUGUUAGUCAUAGCUACUGAGAGCUUUACAUGCUGAAGAAAUCAGGACAGAUCCCUCUAGUUCACUGGGGUCCAGACUUUUUUUUUUGUUGCCCUGGGGGCCAAAACUGGCAUUCCACAAAAUGUGUAAAAUUAAAAAUGCAAAAAUUAGUUGGUGAUUUUCAGCUUUACCUACUCAACAAAACAUUUGUAUCAAGUCUAUGUAUUACUAUAAAUAUUAAACACAAACUGUUGCCUUUAUUAAAAGAAAAAACAUUUUCAAAUUUCGAGUCAGCUGUUUUCUAUUAUGUCGGUCAAAUUUGGAUCACUCUUGACUUGUGGUCAGGGGCCAAACAAAAUCUUUUAAAGGGCCACAAAUGGGCCCCUAGGACACACUUUGGCCCCUGCUCUAAUUAGUGUGUUUUGAGAAAUAAUAAUGUUUCUAAACACAUCUGCUGGGUUUGUUGUCCCCAGUCACAACAGAAGUACCUUAUUGUUGGUUUCUGCCUUUGUAUUGUUCAAUUACUAUGUUACAGCAGAGUGAAGAUCAGAUGUUGUCCUCCAGGUGACGCUGUUGUCCUUUUGAUUUAAUGUGUUGGCUUACUAAGAUUUCCUCAUCUUUCUGUUUUUAACCCUGGUUUCUCACAAAACCACCAUAUCAGGCUAGUCGGGAUUCCUAUAAGUCCUGCUUCACUUUCUUCAUUGAUCACAUGAUUCUCCUGGUGAAACACUGAUGAACAACGUGCAAUCACAAGAUUAGCUUUAGCUGCUUCCUCAAGCAUAUUUCCUCCAGGUUUAGUUAUGCUUCUGGGGAAACCUAAUUUCUUUCUAAGGCUCUGCAGAGCCGCACUGAUGCUCCAACGUCUCAUCCAGAGGGACAAUCUUUGACUUGUGUUUAUUGCUUUAAACAGAUUUCUGAACUAAACAACCAAAUUUAAGCUCUGCACACAAGGCUCUUUUUUUUGUAUUAAAUCUGCCAAAGAUAUUUUCUUAGAACAGUUUAAUAAAAACAUUAGUUCAUGUAAUAACACAAAUGAAUAUCAGGUUGUAUUAUUCCCACUGGUUAAAUCUGAGACUGGUUUACUGUUUGUCUUUUUAUGGCUUUUAUUAAACUACUUUCAAACAACG